UGUCGAGGGAUUAGUCCGUAGCAAGGGGCCAUAGGAUGCUCAGUAUUUGCUUAGGUCUAAGAUAGGUGAGGCGAGGAGUCUAGUCUCCUUACCACGCUCCAGUUCCGCGCAGUGUUGCGUCGCGCGUCUCUGCGGAUCAAUCGCGCUAGUUAAAUUCUAAGUAGCACCUUACGCUCUAGGCGCCAUGGCGGGUAUGGAGAUGGUGUGGCCGGGAGCCACGGCGCACUCGGGAGCCAUGACAACCGCGGGAGCCAUGACGACCGCGGGAGCCAUAGUUCACACGGAUCUCGCCAGGGAGUUCGCGUCGCGGGGGUUUGUGGACAACGCUCGCCCGCCUAUGGCGGCGGCGGCGGAGUUGCUUAGUUCCGUGGGCCGAAGCGGAGAGGAUAGUCGCGAGGAUGAUGACGUGGAGCUUUGGCUCGUGCAGAUGCCGGACGCCAAGAGUUUGGACCUCCGCGCGCUCGACGGUGCGCAGCUGCACGUGCCGGCGGGGGCGCACGGGGAUGGGCGGAGGGUGGAGAUGUGCCGGUUUGCGCCACCAGGGGCAACCGCCGCGGGGGGAGGGAGGGGAUUCGUUUGGGGAGGCCAACCAAUCACAGAGCUCUCUCUCGUGUCUGACGCGUUGCCCCGGGGGGGCCUAGUGGCCAUUCUGCCUGGCAGCGACGGCCGGCCGCCGAUAGUGCGGCCAAUCACUCGCUCGGUCACAUGUGUGUCUGCUGCUGCCGUGCCGCAUCCCGAACCCGCUCCAGCGCCUCCUGAAGGAGUGCUGUCUGCCAAGAAGAAAGGCAAGCAAAAGAAGGCGACAGAUAAGGUGGAAGUACAAGACAAGGGCGAGACUCCCAAGAUGAAGAAAAAGCACAAAGGAGAUGUGGAAGGGGAUGGUGGUGGAAGCUCUUCCAAGAAGUUGAAGAAGAGAGACGCUUGAUUAGCAUCAUUUUGAAGUGCUAGGCACAGUCAGCACUUGCCAGAUGAAUUAGAGAGGAGCUGCGUUCAGAGCACAGGAGCUAGUCCUUGAUAUGGAAAUGCAGGGUCUGUAUGCAUUUUUUCUCUCGCAAAAGCCAAGUGUUACUUUGAUAACGAAUCC